AUGCUGCCCGCUUCGACAGCGCACGCCUCAGCGACGGCCACCCUCGGCCCAGGUGCAUCCGCGCGCGGGCUGGUCUUUGGCGUGCUCGUCGCGCCGCAGCUCAAGGCGCUGGCGGGCUGGCCGGGCCUCUUCGGCGCACUCGGCGCGGCGAUGCUCGCGGCACCGGCGGUGCUGCGGCCCGCAGUGGCUAUAGAGGGGGCGUCUCUCGCCAAGCUCAAGCGGGCCUGA